UGUUUUCAUAGCAGCAGGCUACACUUCGCCUCCAUGUAGGCUACGUUAACGGCGUGUAGCCCGGAUGUGGAUGCGAGCAGGUCUCGCCUCCCUCGGUACACACACUCACGCAUACGCAUGCACACUCACACACACUCACACACAGACAACGUGCACACCUGGACGCGUCAUGUGACCCGCUACCUGGGCGUGGAGAAAGACUGACAGUUAUUUUACCUCGAUGCAUUUUUUGUUGAAUGGGAGGUUCAGCUCUGAACGCGGUGUGUGCCAAAUGCUGCCAUUCUCUCUGCAAAAGUAAGAUGUAAACUUUUUUGCGUUGGCGUCACUUUGGGGGAAUUUAUUUCUCGUUUUAUUUGUUUGUUUGCAUUUUUUUAAAACCAAAGCCGCUGUCUGGACCUGUUUGUUCCGCUCCUACCGAUUCUUCCAAGCUCUCUGUCCAGACGCUCACUCUGGCUUUAGUGCAGGGAGGAAAAACAAAGAGAUGGGAGAUUGGGUGCAGACGGUCCUGCUCUUGGUGUGUGUCUCCUCCUUUUCCAGUGAGGGGACAGUUUUGGAGUUUCCCACACUCACACGCAUCAACAAUGUAGUGCAGGACCCCGCCACGGGCCGAGUUUACCUGGGUGCCGUCAACGCUAUUUACCAGCUGGACGCUUCACUCAGGCUGGAAGCUAAAGCCGAGACAGGGCCUAAGAAAGACGCUCGAAGCUGCACACCUCCCGUGUCCACGUCCACGUGCACGUCUGCGGAUCUUAAAGACACGAACAAUGUCAACAAGCUCCUUCUGGUUCACUCUGCAAACGGAUCACUGAUAGCCUGCGGGAGUGUAUAUAGAGGGAUCUGCUCCCUGCUGAACCUCAGCAACGUGAAUCAGCAGAUCUACUACAGCGACAGUAAAGGAGAGAGGACGUAUGCUGCCAGCAUUGAGGACAGCGUUUCGGUCGUCGGAAUCAUGGCGACGUUUCAGUUCAAGGACGACCCCGAAAAAAAGCCAUUCAACGUCUUUCUGGUCGGGAAGGGCUACGGCAGCCAGGAGGACAACCCGAAGCUCAUCACCACACGCAUCUUGGAGAACUACAAGGAGUGGGUUGUGUUCGAGAGCAUCGUGGAGGCCUCGGCCGUCCAGGCCAUACCCUUCGCCCCUAAGUAUCAACACCAAUUCCGCUUUGUCUUUAAAGACUCCGGCUUUGUCUAUUUUCUCUUCUCGCGCACUCAGGGCGGCACUGACAACAAGAACUUCACAUUCGUGUCCCGGCUGUGUGAGAAAGACGAAGGUUAUUACUCCUAUACCGAGCUGCAGCUAAACUGCAGUGCAAAUGGCAUCUACUAUAAUAAAGUCCAGGCUGCGUAUGUGACCGAGCCAGGAAAGGAGCUUGCUCGGGCCAUGCUGAAUUCUGGCUCAUACGGAACCAUUACGGUGUGGGAUAAAGUGCUGUUUAUAGUGGCCACUCCAGAUGGCGAGAACGCAACCGACUCAGCUCUUUGCAUGUAUCCGUUAAAGCGCAUCAACGAGAGGGUAGAGGACAUCCUCAGUGCUUGCUACACUGAAUACGGAAAGAUCGGAGGAAGACCAGCUGUGUACAGCCCUUACAUAUCCAGUACAGGAAAUCCCUGUGCACACCGACACAGCAAGGAAAUCGUGGACCAAAACAGGUGUGGAGCAGAGUUCCUGCGCUCCCCGCUGGCCAGCAGGCCCGAGUUCGCCCUGCAGGCAGAGCCGUUCUUCACCAAGCAGGCUCGAGGUCAUCUAACUGCCGUGACUAUCGCUGUGGAAAACGACCACACUAUCGCCUUUGUAGGGAACACCAUGGGAGAGGUAUUGAAGGUUCAUUUGUCAAGCAAACCAGAGGUGUACAACAGGGUUCCUGGAGACACCAUGGGCGAGCACGUGAAUAAGAAUCUUUUCUUCGACAAGACCCAGAGUCACAUAUACAUCACCACGGAGAAAAAGGUCACUAAGGUACCGGUGCAGACAUGCCACCAGAAGACUGACUGCAAGUCCUGCGUGGCCCAGAAAGACCCAUACUGCGGCUGGUGUGUCCUGGAGGGCAGGUGUACCAGGAGAUCAGAGUGCAGUCGAGCUGAAGAGAAGAACGGGUGGCUGUGGAGCCCCAGACAGCAGUGCGUUAAAAUAGUUUCCUUCCAUCCUCCAAACCUCAGCUGCAAGAGAUCUCAGCAGGUGGAGAUCAACGUUCCUUCGCUGCCCAGCAUCAGAGACUUUGACAGGAUCCACUGCACAAUCGGUUGGUCCACUAGUAAAGCCACCAUGGUGGACUCGAUGGUCAGAUGCAGCCUGCCUCCCCCUAACCGGCUUCCUCCUACACCUCCACACCAAGAUUCGGUGGCAGUGCCGGUGAGGAUCUUCGUGAACGACAGCGUAGAGGUGGCCUCCCGUGACUACGAGUUCUACGACUGCGCAGCAGCAGUGCGCAAAGCAGAAAAUACUCCGUGUAUCGCGUGUGUGAGCAGACCGUGGGCGUGUCAGUGGAAUACCGCCGAUCACACGUGCUCCGAUGUGAACGACGCCGAAACCGGGCCCAAUAUUAUCAAACACAGACAGACCAAGAAAUGUCCACGGUUUGAAAACCCGGAUCCCAUCCUCAUACCAGUGGGAUAUAAAACUCGUAUCAGUUUUGAGGGAGUGAAUCUGGAGCCCUAUAAGGGCAGAGAGUUCACCAUUGGGACAGACCUGAUGAAGCAGUUUGAAGAUGAUGUGAAAACCGAAGAGGGGCCAUUUUUCUCUUUCAGUGGAUAUGUGUUCUCGUAUGAUAAGGCUCAGGAGACCAGCAUCCUGUUCCAUAUUAAAGACAAGGACACAGAGAAGAAGAUCGACAGCACACUGAAUGUUACGCUGUAUAAUUGCUCCCUGGACCGUGAGGACUGUAGUCUGUGUAAGAACACGGACUUUAAGUACAAUUGUGUGUGGUGUGCUCGCUCACGUUCCUGUGUGUUUCAUAAACUGUGUCCCAGCGAUGAGGAGCAGGAAUGCCCGGACCCUGUGAUCUCAGAAAUUAUUCCACGCUAUGGUCCACUGAAAGGAGGCAUCACAGUCACCAUAAAGGGUUCAAACUUGGGCAUCCACAAAGAUGAUAUCAAGAGCAUCUCUGUAGCAGGAGUUCCCUGCAUCCACCAGGAGGAGAAGUACUCAGUUUCCACCAGCGUUGUGUGUGAAAUCGGUCAAGUGAUCCACCGAGGCCCACAUGAAGGACUCGUGAAGGUGGAAGUCAAGGGGGAGAGAAGAAGCAAAUCCUCAGUCUUCUUUACUUACCGGGACCCAAAGCCUGAGGUGGUACAGCCCCGCCGUGGUCCCAGAGCGGGAGGAACAAUCAUCACCAUCACCGGCACUGACCUCGAUACGGCUUCUAAAGAAGACAUUGACAUCUCUGUGGGUGGAGUGCCAUGCCCAGUUGAGGAGUUUGGGAAGCGGAUUACUUGUAAGGUGGGACAGUACAAGAAUGAGAAAGUCCCCUCUGAUGCCCUGCCCGUCACUGUGCGCUAUGGGAAACACACCAGUAUUCGGGUGCCUGCCUUCUUCCAGUUCUCCAGCAACCCGGACAUUUCUGACCAUCAGCCCAGAAGCAGCUUUGACUGCGGUGGGAGAAAGAUCAGAGUGAUGGGCUCUGGAUUCGAUCUCAUCCAAAAAGCCACAAUCAUAGUGCAAGCUUCAGCUGACGAAUGGUCUGGACUUCACACUCCUAUGGAGUAUAGUCAGGAGGCUCACAGCAAGAACGACACCAUGCUGCACUUCCUCUCUCCUGCCGUGAACAGAACGUACGAGAGCCAGUCCUUCAGAACUUUCAUCCAGUUGGACAACCUGAUAGAGGAGCUCAAACCGUUUGAUUACCACCCAAACCCCACAUUCAACGAACUCCCCAACAAAGUCAUCCCGGAGAACAGCAUGAUCAUUGUCACGGGUCGUGGGUUUUCUAAAGCCAUGACAGCGAAAGAAGCGGAGGCAUUUGUGGGUGACGUGUCCUGCAAUGUGAACACUCUCCAGGACGAUAAGCUGUUCUUGGAUCCGCCCACCACCGCCCCGAGAUCUCGUUCUAAGAGACAGCGGAGAGACACGACAUCUGAACCUCUAGACCUUCUGAUUAAGUUUGGUAACGGCAAGUGGUUGGUCGGCUCUGUGCAUUAUGAGAGGAAGUACGAGGUGAAACUGGAUACCAUCAUCAUCCCUGCAGUUAUUGUCCCAAUGCUACUGAUCAUAGCGAUCUCAAUUGUGUGCUACAGGAGGAAGAGCCAGCAGGCAGAGCGGGAGUAUGAGAAGGUGAAACACCAGUUAGAGAAUCUAGAGGAGAGUGUUCGUGACCGCUGCAAGAAAGAAUUCACAGAUCUGAUGAUCGAGAUGGAGGACCACACAAAUGAUCUGAGUGAGGGUCGCAUCCCAUUUCUGGACUAUAAGACUUACACCGACCGCGUCUUCUUCCUGCCCUCAAAAGACGGAGCCAACGACGUCAUGAUCACCGGCAAGCUAAAUAUUCCCAAGUCCCGCAAAGCCACAGUGGCGCAGGCUCUUAAUCAAUUCUCCAACCUGCUGAACAGCAAGACCUUCCUCAUCACUUUUAUCCGGACCCUGGAGGCUCGUCAAGACUUCAAUGCGAGAGCUAAGGUGUACUUUGCUUCUCUGCUGACUGUGGCCUUGCAUGGGAAGCUGGAAUACUACACAGAUAUCAUGAGGACACUUCUAUUAGGGCUUAUGGACGAGUAUGUGCAGAGUAAAAACCCCAAACUCAUGCUGCGCAGGUCAGAGACGGUGGUUGAGAGGAUGCUGUGCAAUUGGAUGUCUAUCUGCCUCUAUCAGUUCCUAAAGGACGCUGCAGGAGAACCUUUGUAUAAACUCUUCCGUGCUAUAAAACAUCAAAUAGAGAAGGGACCAGUGGAUGCACAGGUGAAGAAGGCUAAAUACACACUUAACGACACAGGCCUGCUGGGUGAUGAUGUGGAGUACUCCAUGCUGACCCUACAGGUGUUGGUUCAGGGGGAAGGUCCUGACAUCACUCCAGUAAAAGUGCUAGACUGUGACACUAUUUCUCAGGUGAAAGAGAAGAUCAUUGAGCAGGUGUACAAAAACCUACCCUACUCACAGAGGCCAAAAGUGGAUAUUGUCACACUUGAGUGGCGCCCCGGCUCCACGGGGCAGAUCCUGUCAGACCUUGACGUGACCUCGCAGAAAGAGGGCAGGUGGAGACGCCUUAACACACUAGCGCACUACAACGUUAGAGAUGGUGCCAUGCUAAUCCUUUCCAGGGUUUUACACACACAGCAGUCAUAUGACCAAAACCACGACAACCACGAGGAGAGAAACGCCCUCCUGGAGGACGAUAAAGUGUUCCAUCUUGUCAGACCGGCUGAUGAGCUGGAUGACGUGAAGUCAAAACGAGGUAGCAUUAAGGAUAAGUCCAUGACCAAAGCCAUCACAGAGAUCUAUCUCACUCGUCUGCUCUCGGUCAAGGGCACGCUGCAGCAGUUUGUAGACGACUUCUUUCGCAGUGUUCUAUGUUCAGGAACCGUUGUGCCACCUGCCAUAAAGUACUUUUUCGACUUCCUAGACGAGCAGGCCUUAAAGCACGAAAAUGUGGACGAGGAAACCAUCCACAUCUGGAAGACCAACAGUCUCCCGCUUAGGUUCUGGGUGAACAUUCUGAAGAACCCUCAUUUCAUCUUCGACGUCCACGUGACAGAAGUAGUGGAUGCGUCGUUAUCGGUCAUCGCUCAGACCUUCAUGGAUGCCUGCACUAAAUCGGAGCACAAACUCAGCAGGGACUCCCCAAGCAACAAACUUCUCUAUGCAAAGGAGAUCUCCACAUACAAAAAGAUGGUGGAUGAUUACUACAAAGGAAUCCGAGUCAUGGUGCCAGUCAGUGACCAGGACAUGAACACACACUUAGCUGAAGUGUCACGGGCUCAUACCGACAAACUGAAUACACAAGUUGCCCUCCAUCAGCUGUACCAGUACGCCAGCAAAUACUAUAAGGAGAUCAUCAUGGCUCUGGAUGAAGACCCUGCGGCUCAGUGUAAGCAGCUCGCCAUGCGACUCCAGCAGAUAGCCGCCGCUCUCGAGAACAAAGUGACAGAUCUGUAACCCACUCACAGUGAGACAGACGGAGAGAAAGAAACCGAGGUGGUAUUGAAACCGCCACCGGUCACGUCACACUCAAGUCCAUGGGGCAGAAGAAGGAACGCUUAAAGAAUAAAAGUCCCUUGUGUGUAAUUAGCAUAUAAAUAUAAUCAGAUGUUGAAUUUCUUCCUGUGUAGAGAAAGAAAAGGUUUUAAAAAUUGUAUUAUCUAUUUUUUUUAACGUGCAGUCUUUAUGCGGAAAGCUUUAUAAGGAAGAAAUAACUUUUUAAAUUGACAGCCUUGUGUUGAUUUUGUUUGGUGUGUGUGUGUGUGUGUGUGUGUGUGUGUGUGUGUGUGUGUGUGUGUGUGUGUGUGUGUGUGUGUGUGUGUGUGUGUGUUAGUAAGUUGAAUGCUAAUUGUUCACACACAGGAUGCCUAAAAUCUGACCAAAUGGGAGUUGCUUGGUCAUUGAUACUGAGCAUUGUUUUGUGUGUGUGUGUGUGUGUGUGUGUGUGUGUGUGUGUGUGUGUGUGUGUGUGUGUGUGCGCGCUUGUGUGUGCUCACUUGUGUGUGUUCAUCUUGGAGUCAUGACUUGUGUGCAUUCUUCAUCAAACACAGAACACGCUCGUUGUCUGUAAGCACAUAGACGCGUGUCACAGCAGGGCUUGUGGUGUUUACUACUGUUCCAGACCUGCUGAGCUUUUGGCGUCGCCUUAGCAACCUAAAAAGAAGCCAGCGUUAUGAUCCAUCGCAGCACACUUCCUGUCCGUACCAUUAACUCACAAUAGCGCACAGACGAGAUUCGGUUUAGACAAUAAUAUUCAAAGUGGAAAGUCUCUCAACACAAGGUGUGUCAUUUUUCUAUGAAGAGAAGAAAAAAAGUUCCUUAUUUGUGUUCAGCCUUUUGUUCAGAUCAUUAAUUGUUAUAGUAACAUGUUGCAGUGGUGUUUUUCACUGUUUAGGGUGCAACGUACUAAAAGUUGAUGGCAGUUCAUUUCCCUGAGAUGAUUAUUAUUAUAGCAUGCCUAUAUUUCCCUGACGUAAAUGAAUCAAACGCUCCGUAGACUUUUUUUUUUUUAAUAGCAGCUCUGUACUAAUAUCAACAAAGAGCUCUCUCUCUCUCUGAGCUCUCUGUUUUGUCCAGGUUAUGAGUUGGAGUUUCACUUUUUUGUCCUCUUUUGAUGCUCUGUUGUAGCCUCGAAACAUUUCACACUAUGUACAUUUUUAUUCCUCGCCAGGAGAUCAUCGUAUAUUUAUAAUCACACCCUCCGGUGUCACCCAUAUGAGGAUGAGGUUCCCCUUUGAGUCUGGUUCCUCUCAAGGUUUCUACCUUUACCAUCUAAGGGAGGUUUUUCCUCCCCAAAGUCACCUGAGUCACCUCAGACUUGCUCAUUGGGGAUAAAUACAAACACAAUUAAAUAUGUCUAAUAUUAAUCUUUAAUUUUGUAUUCUAUUAAUCUUUAUAUUAUUCUUUAAAAUAACCUUUUGUUCUAUGUUUAUGUUCUACGAAGCCGCUUUGAGACGAUGUCCGUUGUAAAAAGCGCUAUACAAAUAAACUUGAAUUGAAUUGAACAGUAGACACACAAAACAUGUUGCUUUUGAAUUCGAGAAUCUCUGAAUCCAAUCGAUUCGGUCGUCUGUUUCAGUGAAGAGCGAAAACGAACGACAGAGCACAUAAGAGAACAAGUGGCUACUUACGCCCUGGUUCUAAACUAAACAGAUGUGUUUUUGCUUAAUCUGAUCUGGAUUGCAUCGUAAACAGCCUUUAUUCGUAAACAAACAUUUGAAUUCUCCUGCUGUUCUUUUUAUUUGUACAUUUGUACUCCUCAUACCUCUAGAUGUCAGAAAUGUAAGCACCGAAUACUGCAAUACACAUGAUUACUUCUCUCCGUUGUUGAGUAUUAUAUUUAUGUUUUUAUGUUAGUCUUUUAUUUUUUUAUUAUUAUUAUUAUUAUUACAGUAUGAAGCUGUUGCUUUCCAUAUUGAUCUAGGAUCAGAUUUGGGAUCACACAAAACUCAAGGGUGACUGAGAUCAGGUUCUUUUGUUCAGUCAGAACUGCAUCUUCAUCACCACAAAUCCCUUUGUGUUGUUGUUGUUGUUGUCGUUGUUUUAAGCUGUACCUCUCAGGGCUUGUCUUGCCCCUGAUUUAACUGCCAGUCUGAUACGUUUCCGUCUGUGAAUAGUGGGAGUUCCUCUUUGAAGUAACACUGGUCUGUUUUGUCGCGUAACAGUGUGGGGCGUUGUGAAGAAGCCUUGUGGCGCUUGGCACUGCCCACUCAAUUCCCCUCGUGCUGCAAUGAAAGCAGCGGGAGCCGUGUUUGAUCUUAAUUGCAUGUGGGCUGCUGACACUGUGCUUUUUUAAAACGCCGCGCUGAUACAUUCCUCGUUUUUCAUUUCCGUUCACGACCGGAGACCAAACCCUUCUCCCCAUUCCUCGAGCUCAAUGUAAAGCUUCUUUCAGCCUUUCUUUCACCAAAAUGUGCCUUAAAAUGAUAAGUGUUACACCUUUUUUUGUUGAUUAUCGAUGAUAUUUGGUGAUAAUGGCAAGUUUUAGUCCUAGGGUGCUUGCAGUGUAUUUGCAGCCGUGAUGUCGAGUGUAAGUAGGAUCGAUUUUUUUGUGCCGUAGUCACAAUGUGCCAAUAGGCUAAUCAAAUAAGAGAGAAAAAGGCAGUUUUUAUAUUAGUGUGCAUCUUUGGGACGUCUUUGGCUUGUGUUUGUGUGUGUAUGAGUGUGAGUGUGUGUGGGUUGUGUGUGCUUUUGUAGUUGUAUUGGGAACAAGCUUAGAUUAGUCUGAACUAAACUGAGCUGUGGUGAAUGUAAAAUAAUUCCCCCCAAAGCGUCUGCGACUUUGCUUUUUAUUUCUCAUCCAAACGGAGAAUCUUCAAUAGAAGUGUUGAGUAGCACAGGGUGUUUCACUGGCGUGUUAUCCCUUAGAGCUAUAAUUUGUUUUUAUGCUAUUCCAUAGUGUGUAUGAAAAAAAAAUCUAUACUCGAUGACCUUCUUACUGCUGUGCAGUUAUUUUUAUUCUUUCAUGUCUUAUGAUAUUAUUAUAUUGCCUUUGUAUCAACAGAAAAAGCAAAAUCUGUCAGCAAUGUAUUCUUGUGUAAUAUCCUAUGCAUUUGAAGUCCUGGAAAAUGGCGAUUAUGUCGUGCUGUUAUCGAAAUGUUUCUUUCUUCCCCCCUUCCUUGUGGUUGUAUAGUGAACCAAGAUUCCUGGGACUGUACGGUACAGUAAGGCAGAAGAAUAAAGAUUAGCCGUGGCUCUUUCAGGCCCGGCACCUCAGAAGAGUUCUUACAUGCCUAAUCUGUUUGUACUGAAGUGCUCGCCGCUCAGCAAGGGUCAAGGCCUGACAAAACACCUUGUGCCCUUACAUCAAUAAAGAGACACUUCCAUUUCA